AUUUUUGUUUUAGAAAUUAGUGUUUUUAUAUACCUUGGAAAUUGUGCUCUGUGUGGUUGUGUGUGGGCGGGGUGGGUCGCGGUGUUUGAGUGCGUUUUUAAUGAAUUUGUGAUCUAGAAAGUAGAGCACAUGAGUUGUACAUGAGCUGUCAAGUUUCUGUUAAAGAAGAAAAACGGUGAAAAUCCACAGGCAUGCCGCAACCGCAAGCCGUAAACCAGAAUGGCGCUAGCCACCCCAUCAGACAAGGCUAUUUUCAAAUUAAUUCUGUGCGACAUAAAGUUUCAAUCGGCGAGAACUAUGUGGCAUGGGAACCAGAAGGAGCGCCUGAUCUGCGGCACGCCGUGCGGCUGUGUGAUGUGGUGGCAGUGAGCCGGCCUGCUGGUGGUGGCCCGCGUGGCUCAUCAGUGUACCAGGUGCCUGUGGCUCCUCCGGACUGCUCCAUUCCUGCUCCAAACACCUGCGGAAAGGCCUUCGCUGUCCACUACGCUGAGCGAGUCGGUCGCCGCUGGAAGCUGCGUGUUCAACACUUCCACCAGAAGAAUAUUGCUCUGCUGCAGCCUUGGGUGGAUCAGCUUCAGAGCCUGUUGAAUGGUGAACAGAGACCCCGCCGGCUGCUGGUCAUCAUUAACCCUACCUGCGGCAGCCGAAAGGCGCCCAACAUUUACACGAAGAAGGUCCAGCCCAUUUUCACGCUGGCUGGUGUGCAGACGGAGGUGGUCCAGACCACACACGCCGGCCACGCGCUGACGAUGCUGCGCCGGUGCUCGCUGCACGGCCAGGACGGCGUGGUGGUGGUAGGCGGGGACGGCACACUGAUGGAGGCGCUCAACGGCCUGCUGACGCGCCCCUCGCCCGACGGGUCCGACCGACCGCCCUGCGCGCCGCUGCCCAUCGGCGUCAUACCCGCGGGUAGCACGGACGCCGUCUGCGGCAGCGUAGGGACAGCCGAUCCGGUCACUGCCGCCCUGCUCAUCGUCAUGGGUGUCACCCGCUGGGUGGACGUGUGCAGUCUCCGCACCGCCGGCCAGCUGCUGCGAUACUCACUCUCAAUGAUCACCUACGGGUUCUUCGGUGACGUGCUACAGGACAGUGAGAAGCUGCGCUGGCUGGGACCGAUGCGCUACAACGUGGCAGGAGCGGGCCGGUUCUGGCGGAGCCGCGCCUACCGCGGCUCCGUGGCGUUCCGUACGGCUCCGGGCGCCAUGGAACCGCACAAACCGUGCUUUGCCGACUGUGACGUCUGUCUGCGGGAGCCGGUGGAAGCCGAGGGAGAAACGCAGGGCCAGAACGACGGCGAGUGGCACCGCGUCAGCGGGCCGUUCCUGGUUGUCAGCAGUGCCAACGUGUCGUGCCGCUGUAAGAUCACGCCCGAGGGGAUGUGUCCGCGGGCACACCUGUCUGACGGCUGGGCGCACCUGAUCCUGGUGCGGCAGACGUCCCGCGCCAACUUCCUGCGCUACAUGUACCGGUCGGCGGCCGGAAAGGCGCCGUUUGACCUGCCGUUCGUCGAGUACUACCGUGUGAAGGAGUUUGAGCUGCUACCGGAGUCUACUGGCGACGACCAGCGACUGCUCGGCGAGGCGCACAUCAACUUGGCCAUGUCGGUGGACUCGACAGCCGCGGGCGGCGAGUGGCGCGCACCAGAGCGCACCGCCGCCGCUGACACCGCGCCGGCCGGCCGCCGGCCCCUGGACAGCGUGUGGAACUGUGACGGCGAGGUGGUGGCCGACCCGGCCGUUAAUCUCAGGGUGCACCCUCGCGCAAUACGUCUGUUCGGCCGCGGCGUCGAGCGGUUGGAGGAAGGUAGCGGCUGCUGCGGCUGCGGGCGGCGCACCAAGAAACAAAUCUGACUGCCUACUAGCGCACAACCUAGGCGGCUCAACGGAGGGAAUUCGCCGUGACUGACGCACACUGCACGGCCGUAUAGCGGGAAAAUGCAGCUGCGUGGGACGUGAACGAGGCAAGUCCCAGGCAUUCACAUAUGUCUGGGCUACGACAUGGCUGAGGCAGCUGCAAGGCAUCUAUGUAUGUGAUGCACGAGUGAUAGACGGACGUGUGAAAAUGGGACGGCAGCAGCUGUUAUUGGUCCGCUGCAGUUGACACACUUAUGUCCCUGAGUCGGGAAGGGGCGGCACAACUCUGCCGAGACAUAGCUCAUUGGAUUGCCAACGUUCACUAGCCAAGUGUUAGUCGGGCGGUAGCAGCACCCUUUACGUGGACCCAACCGGUGUACCCAUGACCCUUUCCCACCUCCGGUUAGCCUUUGAAUAGUGUAGGGGAUGUACCGGAUUUUGAAAUAUCUCCCCACCGGUCAUUGGACCUAGCUGCUGCUGACCGUCGGACCCAGACCCCUAUCGGGCGCCGGAGUUAGCCCUCUACCGCUGCUGUGCUCGGCCCGGCGCUGGCCGUCGCCCUCAGCCCCACUCUUGGUCAAGGGAGCGUUUGAGUCUGGCUGCCGCCCUGAACUGUGAUGGCAGUUUUCCAUGGCUCCGUUCGUCGUUUGAUAGAGAACGGACAGUGAUAGCUACACCGUGGCUGCUAGAUAGAUAGAAUUUCAGGCUCGGGUAACUGCGCUACUUAGGUCUCAUUUUUGCUUUACGUUCUCACUUUUUGGCGCUGCUUUGUAGUGGAAGCAAGUUUUGCGGUUUCAUAAUGACUCACCAGCUCUUUUGCUUCACAUUUUUUACUCCUUUCUAUGGUGGUUGGUCGGGUACGCCUCUGUCGCAUCAUCACUUCUAAUUUUGGCAAUAUUUUAUACACGGUCAAGAGCAUAGGGCAUCCUUGGGAUGCGUUGGCAUUCACUAUGAUUUCCUGAUUUACGGAGAUGCUUUUAAAAGAGCUUGAAUGGACCUGGGGGUAUUUUUCCAAGCUCCGGUACCCGACCUUUUAAUGGGGCCAACGCUUACAGCUCAUGAAUACACGAGUGACGCGUUUUCAUAAUAGGCAGAUCGCCUCUCAAUAAUUUAGUUUCACGUCGCUCACACCGUUGUGUUCUUCUUGUGUUCAAUUGUUUUCUUUUUGUUUGUUUUCAUCGGUGGUUUGGAUGAGUUUUGUCCGGGGAAAGAGGCGGCAUAUCAAUAGACGCGUUUACAUAGGGCUUGUUGCAAGCUUAUAUCUCCGUCCGUGAUGUUGCAAAAGAUGCCAAUGGUACUGAACAAUUUACAAAAUGAUCCCCUCUAAAUAUUUGAAGACCACUGCAUCGAAAUUAUCGCCAAAUCAACGAGCUAGAGCCUUGUCAAAUAUGCUAUGUAAACCGGGUUAAUGUCGCCGUUGUCAGCAUAUCGAUGCCGCGUGUUGUCGACUCUGACCGAAAUGAUUGAGAAGGUCGAAUGUAGUUACUCAUUCCAACUGUCAUCUGAAAUUUUGCUCAUACGUGUGAGACCUGGAAAAUUAUGUGAUUUUUCUGCGAUUUUCUAAUUAUCUUGAGAUUUAUUUUGCAUGAUGUAGGCUAAAACUGUUUAGUUCCUAUGAAUAUUUGUGAUCGGUUUGGUUGGGCUAUGAUGUAACCAGUUGCUUCUUGUAGUGUUCCUAUGAUUAUAUCGUGAUCGGUUUGGUUGGUGAUAGUAGAUGGGGGAGGGACUUUGUAGCCCCCUCGACUCGGGUACGGGUGCUCCCGUAUGCGGCUCCCUCACUGAAGGAAGACGCAGGCCCCGGUGGCCACGCUCAGGCGGAGACACUCGCGCCAACCAAAGGACCAGAUGAACCUGAGCACGCACACGCACUGAGACCGACCGGGGACCAGCGGACCGUCGGCGGACCGCCGGAGACCGCGGCCGGUCCCGGGCUCAGCCGCCGGGCCACGCUGCCGGGACCGCGGCCGGCGGCCGCUCGGUAUGUGGGCCGGCGGAGCCCGCUGUGAUCACUGCACCCAGAGGCGGCGGGACGGACCGCCCGCACUGCUAGGAGAUCGAGGGAGCUGCUUAGCCAAAUUCACUGUUAGGUCAAUUGAUGUGUGUUCUGCUAGUCGUUUGCGACUGUGGAGGUCGCUGCGGUGUGCGGUUGGCCGGGACCGGCGCUGCGUGGCUGGGCCGCGACUUGUGUGAACAAAACUACAGCGCCGGCCGAACGUACCCGGCACGAUAGGCUUUCACUGUCAGUGGUUGUCUGAUGAGCUAGAUGUCUAUUUACUCGAUUGAUGGAAUUACUCUGAUAUGAAAAUCACCUAUGAAUAAUGAAUAUAUAUCAGCUAUAUUCA